GGUGUUUUCCCACGUGCGGCGUGCAGCGGAGGGGGUCAUGUUGUAAGGAGAUGGGGGCUGUGGUGAUUCGUGCCAUCAGGAAUUUCAACCUAGAGAACCGCGCGCAACGGGAAAUCAGCAAGAUGAAGCCCUCUCCUGCUCCCAGGCACCCUUCCUCCGAGAUCCUCCUGCGAGAGGAGAUGAGCCAAAUUAAGGGAGAAAUUGCUAGAAAAGAUGACAAGCUGCUGACAUUACUGAAAGAUGUGUAUGUUGAUUCCAGAGAUCCUGUGUCUACCGUGCAGGUAAAAGAUGCUGAAAUACCUCAAGAGCCAAAGGAAUUCAGAUUGCCAAAAGACCAUUGCUUUGAUAUGAUGAAUAUUAAGAACAUUCCCAAAGGCAAAAUUUCCAUUGUAGAGGCAUUAACACUUCUCAGUAAUCAUAAACUUUAUCCAGAAAGGUGGACUGCUGAGAAAAUAGCAGAAGAAUACCAGUUAGACCAGAAAGAUGUGAAUUCUCUUCUCAAGUAUUUUGUUACUUUUGAAGUCAAAGUCUUUUCUUCUGAAGAUGGGAAAGCAAUACAACCAAAAUCAUGAAGUUGCUUUUUCUAUAUGUAUUCCCUAUCCCCAUCUCCUGUUUAUUUCCUCAUUUUUAGCAUAUUAAAUUAUAUAAAUUACCAAGUAUUAAAUGCUCCCUACUUGUGAGAGCAUUCUGUUUAUUGUGCGCCACUGACUUCUCAAGAUUGCUCAUCAAAUUUAUUCUGUUUUCUUUUACAUUUUAAUUUGGUUUAGGAGUAGUUCAUAUGUGUAUGCCAGUAUGACUAAUCACACAUCUAUAAAUUUAUUACAAAAAAAAGAGUUAAUGUUAUUUUAGGCACAUUAUAAUAGCUUUUAAAUUGGUCAUAUGGCCUCUUGGGAAAUGUCCUAAAUCUGAUUUAACUUUCAAAGUCUCACCUUCCAAUUUAGGUGGUUAGUUCAUUCUUCCUAUGAGUCAGUGAAAAUAAGAGCUUUCCUGAUUCUUAAAACUGUGAACUUUUUUUUGUUAGGACAAGGGAGACUGGACAGUGAAGUAGAAUAAUAGUGUUUCCCAAAUAAAGGCAGACAGGAACCUGGAUACAAAAUUAGAAAAUUCAUUUUUAUUACUACUCCAGGGAAUAAGAAUUAGUGAGGAUUUCUUUUGUUUUGAAUUGGUUUUAAUUAUAUAAUAACUGUCUGUAAAAAAAGUAAUUAUUGGUAUUUAUAAAACAUUAGCUUUCUCUGCUUUGAAAAGCAGAAAUAGAUAAGUCCAUAAGUUUUUCAGAGAGACAGGCAGCAGUGGGAACUACUUGAAAAAAUAAUUUUUCUCUGAAUUUAUUAUAGAAGUACAAGACAAUUUUAAAGAUCAGUAGAAUCAUGGAAAAUGAAAUUUAGUGAUCAAAUAUAUAUAUAUAUUCUGAUUUUAAUGCUAGUUAAGAGAGGAGUGAAAAAGUAGUAAGCAGAAGCAUAAAAUGUGACUAUUGGAAAGGAUCUGGGAAAUUGCUGCUUCAUCCAUUUAACAAACUUAGUAGCACAACAUAUACCAGUACUAGGAUCUUUAACUAGACAGUUUAGCUCUGCCUAGUAAGUUACUACCUGUGGCAUCGUGGGUAGAUUGUUUAACCUCUUUAAGACUGAAUUUCUUCUGUAAAAUGAGUGUAAUGCUGCCUUACUUAAAUCUAAGGGUUACUGUGAAGAUAAAUAAAGGACUACAAAGGACCAAGCAAAAAAUGAGAUGAGGUUUGUUUUUUGGGGUUUUUGUUUGUUUGAUUGUUUUUGCAGUUGAGAACAGGUGCCUACAUGACCUAAGAUUCUGUAGUUUAUGAUACAGGACCAGAAUAUGAGUUUUCAGAAUUCUGGUGAUGUAUUUUUUCUGUUAUGCCUAAAAGAAGUAUGUCUCAAAAGGGCAGAAGGUGCGAGUUAUGGGAGUAUUGGGGUUAUCAAUGUGCUUCUGAAGGAAGAUGAGCAUCACUACUUCCCAGUGAUUCCCCUGGAAAUGGUAUAGGAGGUGCUGAAGAAUUCAGCUUGAUGAUGGAAUGAGGCAUUUGUAGUAAUGCUGAGAACAGAAAAAUGGACUGAGGUGGGAAAAUUUUAAGCUUGUUUUCAAAUGCAGUUUUAUUAUGUGAAUAAACUAUACCUAUUUAUUUUUGAUUCAAUGCAGUAGUUCUUUUAAGAAAACAUGAAAAAUCUCAUCAAUAUAAAAUUGUGUUUUAAAAUAUGUAAGUCAGUCAAGACUUAUUAUGUAAAGGUCAAUACUUGAAUCACUAGUACUGCUAUUUCUGAGUUAUCUUCUCUAUUCAAAUAUACACUGUGGUUAGGCAGUUGUAAAUAUGGUUGCUGUUAUAUGGUUUCACAUAGUAAAGUACUUCCCAUAUCGUU